AUGGGAAAAGCAUUUUUAUUUAAAUCUUUAUUGUGUAAACGUUAUAGUGCCCCCAUAAUAGGGCUUGUGUAUGUUAUAGUAUUGACUGUUGGUAUAUUUUAUCAAGGGGACUACUAUUCUUUUAAUUCCGAAUUUAAUAAGAGGUGCUCAAGAAAAUUAUAUCAUGAAACAAGUUCACUAGAAUCUGAUGAAGUAGAAGAACAUGGCAAAUUGUAUAAACUGACCGAUGUGAUUAAUUAUGGCGAAGGGUCUUUAUUAAAGCAAGUACCAAAAGAAGAAUCAGAGAAUAGUAAUAAUGAUAUUUUUGAGUAUUAUAAAACAUUAUUUAAUAAUGUGAGACAACAUGACGAAAAUAAUUUUUCUGAUAAAAGUGGUUCUAUGGUUUUGAAUGAAAAAGAUAUUCAAUUAGAAAAAAAAAUUGAGUUAUUAAAAGGUGAUAAUAAUAAUAUAAAGGAAAGUAUGAAAAGCAUAUGGGUAGAUGUUCUUAGAAAUGAAAGAAGAAAAUAUGAAAAUCUGAGAGAUUCUAUAUAUAAAUUUUAUAAUGAUUUAAAAAGUGUUCAUAAAGUACCUAAAUCAUUUGCUGAAGAGAAAUGGCAAGAAUGUAAUGAAAUAAUUUUAAUAGGAGAACAAAAUAUGGAAACUUAUAUGGAUAAUAUUUUUUAUGAUUGGAUUGAUAAUAAUAAUAAUAAUUUAAAUAUUAACGAAUUUAGAAUGAUAAUUGAUGCAAAUAAAUUUGCAUGGAAAAAACUAAAUGAGAAUGUAAAAAAAUCAUGCGAAGGUAUAUUAAAUAAAACCUUUGAAGCUAAAAUAAAAGGAAAAGAAUUACGUAGUAAAUUUAUUGUUGAUAUGUAUAAACAAUUAUUUGAUAAUGCUAUUAAAAGAUCUGUAUUAAAAAAUAAAGGACUGAAUCCAAAACUAAAUGGUACACAUUAUAUAGAUAGCAUAAGAAAUGCACCGUUUAUAGAUUUAGAUGCAUCGGAUGAUUUACAUGAAGAAAUGGAAUAUCAUCAUUUUAAGGAAAAUGAUAAAUAUGAUGAAGAAGAUGAAGAAGAUGAAGAAGAUAUAGAAGAGGAUAAUAUGAACUAUAUGGAUAGUAUACACGAUUUGGAAUAUGAAAAAGAAGAAUAUAAUGAUAAAUAUGAAAAAAAAAUGAACACUAUAUAUCAUAAAUCUGGUUUGGAAAAAGCAGAAAACUACUUAAACUUUUUACAAAUGAAUUUAUUAAACUUGAAAAAGCUUUUUGACGAUUUAGAUAUAAAUUUUAGUGAUAUAAAGAUGGAUUUCUCCGAUAUAGAUAAUAAAAGUUCCGAUGUAGAUAUAAAUUUUGAUGAUUUAAAUGUGGAUCUGACAGAUUUACAAAACGAUUUUUCAAAAUUACCAGUUGAUUUUAAUGACUUACCUAUCAAUUUUAAUGACUUACCAAUUGAUUUUAAUAACUUAUCUAUCAAUUUUAAUGACAUACCUAUCGAAUUUAAUGACGUACCUAUCGAUUUUAAUUACUUACCAGUUGACUUUACAAACUUAAAUAUAGACUAUAGUGGAUUAGAAGUAGAUUAUAUUAAUCCCGGUGCAAAUAUGAAUAGGGAAAAUGUACAACAUGAAGAAAUAAAUAUUAGCGAUUCAGAUAAUGAUUUAUUUUAUAGUGAUACAGAUUAUGAAGGAUCAGAAUCUGAUGCUGAUUUAUCCGAACAGGGAAAUAAUAUGUCAACUUUGAAUGAUGAGCAAUAA